AUGGCUUCAUUCUAUUCCACUCAGUCAUAUGCGAUUACUGACCCAAGAGCAUUUGAACCCCUCCCCGAAGCCCUUCGUUCCACGUCCCUUGUAAACAAGCCUUCGAAACCGCUAGGAGCAGGUUGUUCUCUAUCCCGACAAGCACUAUCAUCAUGCUGUCUUACAAUUGGACAUUCUCCAGGACUCCUCGUUUCAACAAUGUCUCACAAUGCUUUAGAUACAGCCUCUCCAGGACUCCUCGGACUCGGCAACCUCAUUGAGGCAGGCACCACUCCCGCACCAUCAACAUAUCACCCACUCGUUCCGUCUCGUCAGAGUGCAUUGUUGCCGGGAAAGGUGCUGUUGUUGGUAUUGUUGAGGGAUACAGAGCUCGUAGUGCUGCUGCGGUCGAAGUACUUCGACUAUGUUUUUUUUUGCUACCUGUAG